AUCAUCGCCUACGUGUUACACUUCUGCCAAUCAUAUAGCAAUUGCUUUUUUACAUUUAAAAGAAAUUUUAAAUAACUAGUGGUAUUUUUGUUACAAAAUACUUUGUAGUCUGCAGAAUGCAGAUGAGGUGUUUUUUCAUGUCAACUUUUCAUACCACAAGGGACAAUUUUUCUUCAGGAGUACCAAAGCGAACUUCCGGAUUGUUUUUUUUUUCAGAAAUAUUCAUGUAUUCAUCUGAUGAAUAGUCAAUCUUUAGAAGUCUAGACAAUUUACUGGUGUGCGUCAUUUUGGACUCGUGUUAAUUAUAGUAGUUAUCAGCUACUCCUUAUCACUGCGUAAAAUGUAUGUUUAAAUCUUUUGUGUAAUUUGUGUUUUUGUAUACUUCAAAAUUUGUAACCAGCCGAGAAAGAGAGAGCCACGAAAUAAUAAAGAAUCAGCUCAAAUAACCCUAGUACAUUUGUCGCUUUUGCCUUCAACAAGUUUACAAAUGAGAAGAUUUGUGUGAAGAUUAAAGUAAGGACCAACUGAAGGUCCUAGAGUGAUACAAAAAUUUCAUUUCGUUUAUUACAAACUGACUGCGCUUUCAUCUUAUGUGAAGUCAUUUGAUCUACAGAAGUAGGAAUGCUUGAAACCAAAACUGAUGAUGAUGAUUUUCAUCAAUAAAUUAACUGACAAGUAAACCUAUACAGUGUUGGGUGCCACAAGAAUUUACGCAUUCUUGGGAAGAAUAUGCAGAAAAUCUCUGCUGGGUACAAAAUACUUAUUUUCUUCAUCCAAGUGAUCAAGUUCCCGAAGAUGAUUAUGAACUGACUAAAGUUAGAUACAUUGGUUAUUAUCAGUGGAUCGCGAUUGUACUAGCUGGACAAGCUAUGUUAAGCUGGGUGCCACACAUCCUGUGGAGAGUUGGAUCUAAACGCCUACCUGUUUUAUUGAGGUCAGCUAAAGAAGCAUCAGUUCCAGACAGAGAACUUAGACAAAAAGCCAUCUCAUGUUUAGUAGCUACUCUGGAGGAACAAGCUGAAUCAACAGCUAGGCAUAGACGUGUUACCAGUACAAUUAAGCGAAUAUUUUGUAGCCUUCGACCAAAUGCACGUAUAACUUUUCUGUUUUUCGUAGUUCGUAUUUGUUUUAUUGGUAAUUCUGUUGGACAAAUUUACCUCAUGAAGAAAUUUAUUGGGACCAACAGUACCAUGUUUGGUAUGGAUGUAUUAAACGACUUAGUCAGUGGACAAGAAUGGGAAACAUCAGGUAAAUUUCCACGCGUUACAUUUUGCACUGUACGCGUCCGAAAAAUGGGCCAAAUUAAACCUGCUAGCUACACUCUACAGUGUGUAUUACCAAUCAAUUAUUUUGUGGAAAAAGUCUAUGUCUUUCUUUGGUUUUGGUUUGUAAUCCUCACAGUUGUCACUACAGUAAGCACACUGCAAUGGGCUUUCAACACACUUUUACCAGUUAGACGAAUAGCUUAUAUAAAACAGUAUAUACGCGCAAUUCGACAACUUUCAAAUACAGAGGAAAGAGAUUGUACACGAUUUGUAAAUCAUAAUCUUGGUCCAGAUGGUGUAUUGAUACUUCAAGUUGUUUCUAGAGUUUCCAGUGAUCUUAUUGCACUAGAUGUAACUGCAACACUAUGGAGUAAUUACAGACAUGCUAAAAUCACUGGAACAGAAGAGGAUAUUAAUCGAUUUUUAGAAAAUGUCAACCGUGGAACAAAUGCAGUAUAG